CGACCGGCAGCAGUGCACGCCGCUGUAUUGUUUAAAUUAAGAAUCGGAUAUCAAUGCCAGUUGCCAGUGUAAUGUUCAGUUGCCGCGUAGCCGUGUUAGAGAGCGCACGUCUUACUCAGCUCCGCUCCGUACACUCGCGAUAAAAUUGUUUUAAAAUAAUCGUUUUCAUUUUUAUUAAUUAUUUGAGUGAAGUGUGUGUAUAAGUGUGAAUUGAAUAUUAGUUUAAUUGGAUAACACAAAGAAGAGACAACUCAGAGAACCAACACAAACCACUAUAAGCCUUGACAACUCUACCACAAACCCAAAACUUAACGACGAAGAAGAAAUAGACUAAAAUAGUCCGUAAGACUCAAAACUGCGUGUGAUAUUAAUUUUAUUAAACAAAAAAAAGUAUUUAUUGUGACUGCAUUUAGAAUUUAGAAUUCGCUAUUUAAAUCCACCAAUCGAAUAGAAGUAACCAUAGACUAAGAGCACAGAUAAUUAAAACCAGUGACAAAGAAGUAAAAAGGCUGGAUCAAAGGAGGCUGUAUGCGAUAAGAUCGGACAGUAAAAUGAAAGACAGUAUGAAAUCCUGCCAGCAUACUUUAUCAGAGGAUGUCGUGUAUAAAGAAGUUGUUGUUAUCGGCAAUGGACCGUCCGGUAUGGUGACGUCGUUCAUGCUGGCCGGUAACGUGCCCUACCUCAAGGAGAUCCCAGAUGACUUGCCCAUCGACGAAAUGCUUAGAGCCAGACUAUCAAACCUUCCCCGUGGACAGAGUUUAUAUGAAACAGACCUCUUAGAGCUGGCUGAAGGGCUAGAAGGUAGAAGUCAGAACCCUAUUCCAUUGUUGAUGGACAAUCUAUUGCGGCCGUGCGCUGACAUGGGGAUACAGGCUGACCCACUCAUUGAAUGGAAAUACGAUGUCGAGAAACAGAUCGAGCACAUAGUCCUAGGCCGCGGUCCGCCAGGCGGGGCGUGGCACACAUUUCCCCCGAGCGUGAGGACUCUGUCUCCUGGCGCCUGGCUCUCCCUGCCACCGCACGCGCCCACCGGCACUGCUCGUCUCUCCGCACGAGCCGUCGCUAAGUACUGCAGGCGAUAUGUCCACGCUUGUAAAUUACAGAAAUUCUUCCGUUGCGGCGUGACAGUGACGAGCGUGACGCGUAUCCCGCAGUCGGACGCGCCACGCUGCCACAACGCACACUGCCCUCUUAAUGCACGGUUCUGCGUACAGGGAUACGACAACUCGUCGUGUCGCCCGUUCCGCUACGUGUGUAGUCGCGUGGUGGUGGCCAGUGGGGGGGGCGCGCGGCCCAACACGCUCGCCGGACACGUCGCCGAGCAUUCGCUGCACUCGCUCGCUGACUUCGAGCGCGCCGUACACGUCCUUAGCAAUAAUGAGUCAGCGCGUGAGUAUGGCGCGCUGGUGGUGGGGUCGGGCGUGAGCGCGGCGGACGGCGUGUGGCUGGCGCGGCGCGCCGCCCUGCGCCUGCGACACCUGCACCGCGCGCCCGCAGACGCACUCGCGCGACUGCAUCCUGCAGCCUACCCUGACUACUGCCAGGUGUACAAAAUGAUGUGCGACGGUCCCGGCGGCAACCACGAGAACUACACGCCCUACCCACACCACACCAUCGUAGAGGUCACACCUGUCGACCCACGACACAAUGACGACAUCGACGACUACGCCCUCUGUCUGAAGAGGGUCAAACUACUUGACCUCAACACUAACGAAAUCACAGAAAUACAAGUAUACGUCAUUGGCGUCUUCAUAGGGUCCAAACCAGACCUUUUCUUCUUACAAACUAACUACCUCGACUGCAUAGAUAUCAAGAUAGACUGCACAAAAUGCAUCGACGAAUCCAAACCCACCAACCGCAAGAUGGAAGAGAAACAAUGCUUCCUCAAAAACCACUGGCAUUUCCUCAAGUCUAUGCUGGGACAAAGCAUCCAGAGUUGCAAGUCGAGAUAUUUAAAUUAUUCAGAAAUUAAUGGCAACACUGACACAAAAUGCGUGAUACCGGACUGUAAUAAGCUUAAUGUUGAUAAGAAUGAGAGAAAUAAUGUGAUGGACAAAUGUCAAAUCAUUCCAUAUACGGAUGAGGAAAAGGUGAAAUGUACCUGCGAGGCUGUCAAUCCAUAUUCUUCGGGGCUGGGCUUCGGUUUAGACCCGAAGAAGCCGGUCGACGGGAGGAGUAACCCCAUAGCAAUAGACAAGUCCUCUCACGAGAUACUGAACGGGCCGGAGGGCAUGUACGCCCUCGGCCCUCUCACGGCGGACAACUUCGUGCGCUUCAUCCCCGGCGGGGCCCUCGCCCUCGUCUCACACAUGCAUCAGAACAAACACUGACUUGCCAUAACCAGUAAUGUGAUUAUAAUAUUUAAUUCGUUUUUUCUUUACAAUAAAUUAUUUUUUAUACCCAGUA